AUGACUGUUCAUGCUGUGGCAGAUUUGAAUGAGAAUGAAAGGGAACAUAAUGAUGAUGAUACCGGAGGGGCAAGACUUGACACGGGUGGUAAAAUCGGCAUAAUAUUAUCCGUAUCAAUAGUUAUAAUAGGCGGCAAACCCCUUUCGGAACCAGAACAAGAAGAAUGA